CCCAUACUCUGUCUUGCUGCCAACACAACGGACAUGGCUGGCGGUGUCGCUUGUAAACGCUCAAGUGAAGGUCAUCUUUUUAUUUUAUUUUAGUUUUUUAAUUUAGGUUUCUCUCUCAUACUAAUUUUUCUCUCCUAUCCUCCCUUUUGGGUAACACAGCAUUGCAUCUUCCUUCCUACCUAAUCGAUUGGAUGCAACACCACCCAUUCCUUGAGCCUGCAACGGAACAUGGGGCCCGAAACGUAGACGCACAAAGAGCUUGGCUUGGUUAGGGUAGCAUCCUUAAACACAAGAGAGAAAGCGAGGCUUUUCCAAGCGGGCGGUUCGCCUCUCCACCUUUCCUCUCGCUUUUCUGUCUAUUUGAUCGCCUGUCGUCAGCAUCUUGUUUAAUACUUGUCAUUCUUUCCCCCCUUUUUUUCGCAAUCACUUAUGCGCGAGGCAGAUAUUCUCUGUUUGAAAUAUUCACCGCAGGCUCCGUCAUCCCUGCUCUAUCCGUCAUAUCAGAGAGCAAGCCGUCUAUCCGCCUUUCAGGGCUCAAAAUCAGACAGACACUUGUCCUGGCCUUACCCGGUCAGGUAAAUGCCCAAACAGAUCCAUACACACCUAGGUAGAUAAAGGUGGACAUUUCAAAGGAUUUUCUUCCCACGCGGAUCGAGGCUUUAAGUUUUCUUCGUCUCAGUCUUGGUAUUUAUCGGGUCGAAGGACAGCACGAGACGCCUACACGCCCUACUCCUCCAGCUCCGAGGCAUAUCCCUAGUGACCGGAGGGAAAAUCCCAUGCUGAAGUAACUACUGUUUACAACAGGAUCAGUACAAGAAGUCCUUGGGGGCUGGUGCUCAACUGGAAACAAGGUGGUUGUGGUACUCUUUUGUUUCAUCUCCCGGUCUUGGUGCCGGAGGGGCUAGCAACCCCGGGCUGGGCCUCAUCACUCCCCGUGGGCCUCAGUUUUGACUCCUAUCAUGCUAUCCUCUCUGUCCACCAGAGGCAGAACAGAAACCAUGUCGACGUCACCUCGCAGCCAACCUCAGCAACCGCCAUACUACAAGCAAGAACAGCAUCACCACUACCAAGAUCCGCAUCAACCACCGUCGCCCCAACAUCAUCACCGAGCUAAGCGCGCGAGACGGUCAUCUCCAGGCCCAGAGACGCAAAACACGCCGCCGCCGUCCGCCUCAGCCUCGGCCAGUGUCCCUUCACCCGUAAGCGAGGACGUCCAAGGUGGCAGCAGCAGUAUCGAUGGGUCUGUUACCACCAUACCGGGCCAAAGCAGCAAUUUCCGCAACGUGAGCGCGUGCUCGAGAUGCCGCGCGCGCAAGAAUCGCUGUGACCAGAGAUUGCCUAACUGUACGGGGUGUGAGAAGGCUGGCGUGGAUUGCAUUGGCUAUGAUCCCAUAACCAAGCGGGAGGUCCCACGAAGUUAUAUCUUCUUUCUCGAGAAUCGCGUCAUGUCACUCGAGACUUUGUUAGAAUCCAAGGGAAUCCCGUUCCCCAAGGCCGAUAAACUCACGAUGUUUUCCAGAGCAGCGGACAGGCCAACUCCAUCGACACAACCGCCAAAUCAGAGUACACAAAUCGAUCCAUCAACUGUUAACCAAGCCCAUCGAAGAGGAGGGCCAUGCUGUCAUGCGGGCUGCCAAGACCACCACCAUGUAAGAGGUCCCGCUUCCCCGUCAACAGCAGAGCCGUCAGCGUCGAAGCACCGUUUCACUGGCGCCAUUUUUGCGACCAACCGAAGCGAUGCUGAGCAGCUAGCGCAGUAUCACCGGCGCGAGUUUCCAGAUCGUGGUGAAGGGGCUAAUCCAUCCAAAUCUGUCGUCAAGAGAGAGCAGGAAGGCGGCGGAUCCAUGCGGGACUCGUUCUUUGGUUUGCAUACCAAGUCGCCACGCCAUCCAGUUCGCCAGGCCGAGUUUCCGGGCAAAGAAGUUGGUCAUCGUUUAGUCGAGCUCUACUUCCAACAUGCUAACCCACAGAUCCCCAUCCUACACCGUGUGGAAUUCAUGGAUAUCUUUCAUCAAGCAUACACUGCCGAAGGACCUGUGCGGGACCGAGAGCUGUGCUUGCUGCACAUGGUUUUUGCGAUUGGUAGCGCCCAGAGUCUGGGAGACUCGUACGACUCGGACGACGGCGAGAAGCAGUACCAGCCUGAAGAGUACUAUGCCAGCGCCAAGGAGCAUUUCCAGACAUGUUCAAGGAUCACGGGCAUACGUGCGGGGAACGACACGGAGCGGCAUUUGACAGCCCUUGAAUACCUCCAAAUACACCUUCUGAAAGCCAGUUUUGCUCUUCUAAGACCUGUAUCCCCAGGACUGUGGUACAUCACUGGCGAGGCGAUGAGGUUGGCAGUCGAUCUCGGUCUACAUUUCGAGCAGGGCAACGAGCCCCAGUUCAGGCUAGAUAACGCAAGAAGACAGACCGAUAGAGAGGCUGACCGGGAUCGGGGAGCACGAGAGUACAUGCGGGACCGCCGGCGCAGGCUCUGGUGGUGUGCAUAUUCUCUUGAUCGACUUAUAAGUAUUUGUGUCGGGCGCCCAUUGGGAGUCAGCGAUCAGGUCAUCACUACCGAGUUCCCCUCUCUGGCGGAUGACAGAUUCAUUACUCCACAAGGAAUCAUGGUGCCGCCGUCAGGUCAACCGGCCGGGCCGAGCUACAAAUUUGUUGCCCAGCACUAUUUCCGGCUGCGGCUAUUGCAAUCGGAAAUAGUACAGGCGCUACAGAUACAACAGGCUCAAGCAGCCUGCCAGCAGCGCAUGGAUACCAAGAUGGCCUCCCCGUUUCCAGCCCAGUUCGCAUCGUUUCGAGAUUGGAGAAGAGACAUUGAAAAGCGUCUCACUGAGUGGAGGGAUAGUGCACCCACAAAGGAGCAAACCGGAGUUGACUUUUCCACCGAGUUCCUUGAGGUCAACUACUGGCAGGUCAUCAUCUUUCUUCUUAGACAGAGCCUGCCUGUACCCAACGACUUUCGUAAAGAGUACCAGAUCUUUAAAGAGUUUAACAGCCCAAGCAUACACAACGUUGAGCUUCGGGAAGAUCAAGAGGCCGUAUAUGUCAAGGUGGCAGAGGCCGGGGCCAAGAUAUUGAAACUCUACAACCGUCUCAACCAACGAGGAGUCGUGAACUACACUUACCUGGCCACCCACUACGUCUACAUGUCGGGAAUCUACUACCUCUAUGCAAUCUGGCACUCUGCUCAGGUUAGGAGCAAUACUUUGCUAGAUGAGGUGAACGAUACAAUUGCAAGAGGGCAUACUGUUUUCACUGCUCUCAUCCCCAAAUGUCCCCCCGCCGAACGAUGCAGAGACGCGUUUGAUCGAAUGGCAAAAGCAACCGUCAAGAGGGCCAUGAUGCAGGGUGGCUUUGCGUCAGCUCCCGGGAGGCAAGCCGAGGUUGAACGUCAACAUCGGUUCCGACCAGGGGCUACUAGUCCAGCACGUAGCCCACAUGCGCCCAAAAGUGAAGAAUCAUGGUCGACAAGAAUUCACAGUCCAACACACCUCCGUCGCAUUGGGGAGGCAAGCAGCAACAUACCUUACAGCCGUUCUCAUCAUCAUGAGGGAAGCUACAAUACCACACUACCGUCGCCACCAGGGCACGCUAUGCGGCUCCCCCAACCACGUUCUAUGCAGGAGGACGGUUUGAUAAAGCUCGAGAACGAGGCAUUCGGGACUCAUAUACAACAACCAUCGAGCAGGUUCCACGGAAGCCUGGAGUCGACGAUACGCCCGCACGACUCUUCUCAAGGAGCCGGUGAGGAUGUCAAAGCAGUGGCGACCGCUGCAGAUGCUAUGGUGUCGACAUUUUUCUCCCAGCAACAGGCGCGGAGACACUCGGCUUCGUCUCCCACCGGAGCGCCGACUCUACCGCCCCCGCCCAUGCACCCGUCGACACCGCACUCGGGGUUGCCCAACGGUAUGGAAGUGCUGAUGGCCACACCACAGAUGCAACUCCAGCCACAACACCAGAAUCACCACCACCAACUUCCGCCAACGCCCAAUAGUUAUCAGCCAGGCAUUAUCAACUUUGAGGAGCCGCAGGGCAUGGACUUUAUGCAGAGCCUCAUGGCCGUGGCACCCCCAGGUAGCGAUCCCUUCAUGGAUCUCCAGAUGAACUUUGGCUUCGCUGCUGGCUGGGGAGGUCAGUAUCAAGACUUUAGCGACGGAUCCCAGGUAGACCUUCUUGGUGGUUUCUGGGCCGAUAGACAGCAGGGUGGUUUUGCCGGUGGUGGGGGUCUUUGAAGCGUUUUGUCAGCUUUUUUUUUUGGGUGGUUUGUACUUGUUCUGGUUUUCUUUUGUUUCUCUCUUUUAUUUUCUUUUGGGGGGAAUAUGCUCCUGGCGUCUCUGUUUGUUGGUGAGGCGUUUGUCGCCACUCCUGCUCCGGAUUGUUUUGUUUCAUAUACCCUUUAAGCGUGCCGUCGGAUCUGUUUACCACCUCAGGCUGUAUUUUUUGCCAUUCUACUCGAGUGUUCAUACGGAUGUUGGCUCAUAGAAGCUAUUGACGUACAUAACAGAUGCAAAGACGUCCAAUAUGAAUGCUUUUCGAAUGAAGGCAUCCUUACUCAUGAG